GCUCACGAAAACUUAUGCUCAAAUAAAUCUGUUAGUCUCUAAGGUGCCACAAAUACUCCUUUUCUUUUUGUAACUAUAGAGCAUGUCUGACAGGUUUUCUAAAACUCACUAUUUCUGAUCAGAGAAUGGUAUUGCUAUUAGCAAGAAGAUUUAAACACCUACACCUACACUUCCGAGGGAAAACAUUUGAAGGGAUUGCUACAUAUAUUCUUUACAAGAGUCUAAAAUUGUCUCCAGGUCUGCAAAAGCUGCUUUUUAAAACUAUUGUGAAAUUAAGUUAUUGGUAACUGCUAGCAUGACACACACACCUCCCUGUAAUGUGACCUUGCUAGAUUCAUAGACAGGUGAACGCAACCCUAGUGCAGUUAUCCCUGACUAAUCUCAAAACUCCACUGCAACUCCACUGGUUACCAUACAGACAUCUCAGUGUUUCACCCUGCCCUCAACGGAGUGUAUUCCAGCGUCUGAAUAAGCAGGAACAUGCUAAGACAGUGUAUCUGUUACUCAGCACUACCUGCAGGUACAAGUGCCACCGUGUUUCACAGGUUAGAGAAGAGUAAAUCUUCAGCUGAGCAGAAAGGGUAAGAAGCCAUAAUGGAUGGAACACAACUUGUGUGUGUCAAGCUCCUUUUGAUUUGUCAUAUCGUAGUGAAGUGUUCUGUUCAGGCUGCAAAUCAACCUCCCCCCGUGAAUGAAGACAUGCAAACAGAAGCAGCAUCCAAUGAAUCUGGAAAUACAACCAUAUCUAGAAGCAUUGUAAUGUCCACCAUUUCAGAUAAAGAAGCAGUUAAUACAACCACAGUGCAGAAUAUAAGUGCCAGUUGGAAUACAAUUACCGUGCCAGCAAAGAUAACUAGUUCAUUGGCUUUAACAACUUUGUCACAUUUUGCACGAAGAACUCUACAUCUCCCCAACACAGACACUAGCAGCCCUUCAGAUAUUACUAUUAGAUUCAACACUGUUGUGACAUCACCUACAGUUUCAACCUUUAAUCAAGCAACUGAUACAGAUUCUAAUCCCAGAAUGUCCUCAGGUACAUUGAAACCAACAGCUCAGUCUUCUACAGCCACACAACUAAAUACUAGCAAAGCUUUGGAUUCAGUUCCUAUAACACAGGCUUCAGGAGGAAUUCAUCUAAGGAAUUCAGAGGCCAUUCUGAUCAUUAUUUUCAGCAGCAUCCUCACAUUUGCUGUUCUAGCAAUUGUCAUAUGCAGUCUUGAUAAGUACAGGAAGAGAAGAGCUCAGUAUUCCCAUCACCCACUGUAUGACACCUCUUCUGAAACAGCUGACAUAUACACUACUCCAGAUGACACACUGAUGAUAUCAGGAGGACUAUAUGAUGCACCAAGGGUUUAUAACCCCAAUAUGACUGUAUUGGACGAUGAUGAGCUUCAAGCUGAAAACUUACCAUUUGGCUCCAGACCUGGGAAGUUCAGACUGGAAAUUUUAUCUGGUGAAAAUGAAAAAGGACUUUCCCCAACCUUUGACAGAUUUCAGCCACCACCACAACACUCAUAAUGCAGUAAUAAUGCCAGUAGUAUAGAGCAAUCUCUUUAAUUAGUUGUAACAUUUGUUUUUAAGUAGCAUUUUAUUACAAUAUUAAUAAUUAUACUAGCUCUUAAUCAAUAGACCUCAGUCCACUUCACAAAAGAGGCAAGUAUUGUUAUCCCCAUUUUAAUGAUGGGGAAACUGAAUCAUAGAGAGGUGAAG